GACCAACUGUAGAAUUACGCCAAAGAAAAAAGCCAAAGUCUUCAGAAAAUAAGGAAUCUGCCAAAGAAGAGAAAAUCAGUGACACUCCAGUUCCUGAAAGAACUCCAAAAUAUGUAUUAUUUCAGCGCUUUGCAAAGAUUUUCAUUGGCUGUCUGGCUGCAGUUACUAGUGGUAUGAUGUAUGCUUUCUACUUAUCUGCAUAUCAUGAACGGAAGUUCUGGUUUUCCAGCAGGCAGGAACUUGAACGGGAAAUCACAUUUCAGGGUGACAGUGCUGUUUAUUAUUCCUAUUAUAAAGAUAUGUUAAAAGCACCUUCCUUUGAGAGAGGCGUCUACGAGCUCACCCACAAUAACAAAACUGUAUCUCUGAAGACUAUAAAUGCAGUGCAGCAAAUGUCGCUUUAUCCAGAACUUAUUGCCAGCGUUUUAUAUCAAGCAACUGGUAGCAGUGAGAUUAUUGAGCCUGUGUAUUUCUAUAUUGGCAUUGUUUUUGGAUUGCAAGGAAUAUAUGUUACUGCUUUAUUUGUUACAAGUUGGCUUAUGAGUGGAACAUGGCUAGCAGGAAUGCUUACUGUUGCAUGGUUCAUUAUUAACAGGAUAGAUACAACAAGAAUUGAAUACUCCAUUCCCUUAAGAGAAAACUGGGCACUGCCAUAUUUUGCAUGCCAAGUUGCUGCGCUUACAGGCUAUUUAAAAAGCAAUUUAAAUACUUAUGCAGAGAGGUUUUGCUACCUGUUGAUGAGCGCCUCAACUUACACCUUUAUGAUGAUGUGGGAGUACAGCCACUAUCUCUUGUUUCUUCAAGCAGUAUCUCUGUUCCUGCUAAAUGUCUUUUCAGUGGAGCAAGGUGACAAGGUCCAUGAGGUGUAUAAAAUCUACAUAUUUGCUCUGUUUCUGGGAUAUUUACUGCAGUUUGAGAAUCCAGCUUUAUUAGUGUCUCCUUUAUUAAGUUUAGUAGCAGCCUUAAUGCUUACUAAGUGCCUUCAGCUGAAUGUCAAGAAAGGAACUUUUGUAGCUAAAAUCAUGAAAGUGAUUAAUUUUUACCUGGUGUGUACUCUUCCAGUGACGUUAAAUAUUAUAAUAAAGAUGUUUGUUCCACACAAAGAAAAUGAGCACAUGUUGAAAUUCCUUGAAGUAAAAUUUGGGCUAAAUAUCACUAAGAAUUUUACAAUGAAUUGGCUGCUCUGCCAAGAAUCCCUCCAGACACCAUCUCAAGAUUUUUUUUUGCGAUUGACGCAAUCUUCUUUAUUACCAUUCUAUAUUCUAGUGUUAAUUAUUUGUCUUCUUUCUAUGAUGCAAGUUAUUUUUAGGAGGAUUAAUGGAAAGUCCCUGAAAGAAACUGUUACUAUUGAAGAUGGACGAAUUGGAGAAAGGCCAGAAAUUAUUUAUCACGUAAUUCACACUAUUUUAUUGGGUUCUCUUGCAAUGGUUUUAGAAGGCUUGAAGUAUAUUUGGACUCCUUACGUGUGCAUGUUAGCAGCGUUUGGUGUGUGUUCUCCUGAACUUUGGAUGACACUUUUCAAGUGGCUUCGAUUAAGAACUGUGCACCCAAUAUUGUUGGCUCUUAUUUUGAGCAUGGCUGUACCUACCAUAAUAGGUCUCAGUUUAUGGAAAGAGUUUUUUCCCAGAUUAAUGACAGAGUUAACGGAACUACAAGAAUUUUAUGACCCAGAUACAGUGGAACUUAUGACCUGGAUAAAAAGACAAGCUCCGGUUGCAGCUGUGUUUGCGGGGAGUCCGCAGUUAAUGGGUGCCAUUAAACUGUGCACUGGCUGGAUGGUGACAAGCUUGCCUCUCUAUAACGAUGAUGAUCUUCUGAAGAGGAAUGAAAAUAUUUAUCAGAUCUACUCAAAGCGGUCUGCUGAGGAUAUUUAUAAAAUACUGACGUCCUACAAGGCUAACUACCUGAUAGUAGAAGAUGCUAUCUGCAAUGAGGUGGGGACCAUGCGGGGCUGUAGGGUUAAAGACUUACUAGACGUUGCAAAUGGUCACGUGGUUUGUGAAGAAGGUGACAAGUUAACCUACUCAAAAUAUGGGCGAUUUUGUCACGAGGUCAAAAUUAACUAUUCUCCAUAUGUGAAUUAUUUCACUAGAGUAUACUGGAACCGAUCCUACUUUGUAUAUAAAAUUAACACUGUGAUAUCCUUCCAGUCUUGAAGAAUAACAGCCUCCAUUUCAAAGACUUACUGUACCUGACCUAAAACGUGGUUUUCUUCUACCUGUCUGGUGUUGGACACAGAUCGAACUGUGGCCACUUGAGAUGCUGCUGCUCCUUCCCCUGCUGUGCACUGGGCUCAGUGCUUUGUGAGAAACGGACCAUCAGGCCUUACUGUCCUUGAGUAAAGUGUCACAUCUGUCACGGCCAUGUUCCAGGCAGGCUCUUCCUUAAGGGGUCAGUUAUUUCGGUGUUCGCUCAUAUGUCUUCAUGCUGUAAUACCGAUCUUGAAUUUGAAUGUGUUCAGGCUCAGUAUAUUUCUCAAACAUAGUUUUAAUAAAUACAUAGUGUGAUCUAAUUAUAUAAUAAAAGGAAAGAUUAUUCUUCAAGCGGGUUGCAGAAGGUGUUCAGUGAACUGAAAUUUUACAGUAAAAAACUAAUUUAAAUGUUAGUUGAAAAUCUGUGACAUUUAAAUUAGAAUUAUAGAAAAUAUUUCAAGGCUAUAUAUGAAGGUAUAGCCACAACUUUCCAUGCUACUGCUCUCAUCUGCUGCUUAUAAAAGUGAGCCCUUUCUGAGUACUACAUAGUGCAGGUUAUUGAAUUUUAUUAUUUUAUGUCAGUCUACUAAGUGAUUAUCUUUUUCACUUAUACCCAUUAAUUUGAUAGUAACUUAAUCAUAGUAAAACAGUAACUCUUGUUACUUAUAUAUAAAAUAUAUAUUUAAAUAGACAUUUUAAAGAAUGUUGUUCAUGGAAAUAUUAAGUAAAAAAUUAAAACUUUGUUCAAUUAAGGAUAUGUACAUUAUGGUGUACACCAGUUUCUAAGGUAUAUGUAGAUGCUGUUAAACAUACCUCUGCAUAUAGAUACACUUACUCUGAAAUACAAAUGAUAUUAUUCAUGAAUCUGUUAUAGGAUUUUGAACAUCCAGAAAAAAAUAAUAAGAUAACUUCAAGGGCCAGGGUUAUAGCUCAGCGGCACAGCAUGCCUGCCUGGCAGAUUACGGUUCUGAGUUCAAUUUCGCAUAUCAAAAAAAAAGCAAAACCUUCAAAACACAGUUUCACGCUGUAAGUGCUGUGUUUAAGUAUUUGUAAUCAUUUGUGAAAAGAAUUCUAAAACAACUAAUUUGGCCUUUGAAAGAGAGUCAGGAUAGAUAUAGCUUUAGAUGUAUCAUUUUAAUAAGAUGAUAUACAUGAUUAGUUUUGCCUUAUAUACCUGUUCAGUGAACAGGUUUUCAAACUUUACUUGUUAGAGUACUGUAAAAAUAGCAUUUUUGGAACUCUAAAUUACUCCAUUAGGAGGGAAUAUCUUCCCAUUGUUUUUAUUUUCUGACAUACAUAUAUUUAAAGUUCAUUUAUUCUUAGGGUAACUCUAGGAUGCUUUGCUGCUUUGGAGCUUAAGAACUGUUUGAUGGUGCGUAUGUCUGAUGCAUUUGUUUCAUGUCACUCUUGGGUAGUUGCAUUCAUUGUAUUCAGACAGUGGCAGGCCGUGCACUUCAGGUGACUGUGUGCAUCCUAGUAGUGACUCACUUCUGUUUAGCAUCAAACUAUGAAAAUACUACCAUCGCUACCUAAGUACGGCGUGAAUUGUCACAUGUAGUGCUUGUGAUUAGAGCAUGUAAAAAAUGUAAUUGAAAAGUCAUCUUGCAUAUUUUGAAGAGAAAUAGAACAACCUACUUUCUAUGUAGUGUGAAAUAUUUAAUUAAAUUUUUAUUGGCUAUGAUCACGUGCUGAAUUAGUUUUAGUUGUUAUGUUUUGUUUGUCAUAUUAGUAUGUUGAUUUUGCUUCUGUCAACUCCUUACAGUGGAUCUGGAGAAAUUCUUAGUUGAAUUUUUUCAGUACUGUAAUGAGCUUUCAUUCUGUAUCAAUUGAAAGAGAAAAGCAAGCUUUCUAAAAGGAGAUAAUAUUUGAUUGAGAGACAAGCUUAUUUGCUUCUGUGUUAACUGUAGCUAAAACAAUAGUACUGUACUGGAAAACUGACUUGGAAGCAUUUAUUUCCUUAUUUGUAGAGUAACAAAUGAGCUGCAAGUCAUUACAUUUGGUCAUUUACAGUUGUGUAUGAUAAUAAAUAUCCAUUAAAGGAGCAAUGUUCAUUAGCUUUGGGUAGAAGGACUCUCUUGACAAACCAUGCUUUCUCCUUGAUAUUGCAAGCCAUUGCAUUAAGUGCCUUCACUUCUUUAUUCUAGAUUUACUUUUUGUUUUCCCAAAAACAUUCUCUCCCAUCUUCUUUUCCCUAAGAAAACGUUAGUAGAGUGGUGUGAGGGCACAGCCCGGUGAUGGAGCCUUUGCCUGGCCUGCGUGCGGGCCUGGGUUCAGUCCCCAGCCCUGCAAGACAGUUUCUGAAAACAUCCUCCCUCAGCUGUUGCCACUGUUGACCUCGGCUCGGUGAUGAGCAAAUCCGUGUUAAGGUGUCUGGCUUCCUAGUGUACUUAGCUUCCCAAAUGCCAAACAGUGUGAAAAUAAAACUUGUUUGCUAACGUAUAUAAAUUGACUCUGCUGGCUUAUAUUUUUCUAACUUUGGCUCAGUAUCUUGGUACUUCUGUUCAGCUGGUAGAGUUUUGCAACUGAAGGAGUGUAUUCUCCGUGAGCACUUUUUCUUCAUUACUUUUAGUAUAUGUAGGCAGCAUUUUUUUCAAGGACACUAAUUGAAAUUGCCGCUUGCGGUGUUGUGACACUCUUCCAUACAGUCCACUUUGAUUCAGAGAGUCGCAGAAAUAGAAGUCCACCAGUGAGUGGUACAACUUGCCCCUGGAAAAAAUGCUUCAAAAUAAUUUCUUCAGUAACUUACCUUAUUAUUUUGUCUCCAAGAAAUCAGUUGUUUUAGGCCCCUUGUGUUUUUGAGCUGUUAGAAGAUUUUCAGGCUUUUUGUGGCUAAAAAUAGUGCUUAUUUUCAGUUGAUUGGUGUUUUUAAAUGUUUUAUGUAAGUUGCUUUUUUGCUAAAUUUAUUUUUAAUGCAUGAAUAUUUAAAGGACUGUGUUACCAAUUAUAAUUAUUCUGUAUAUUUAAGUAUCUUUUAUAAAGCAAAUAACUGCUUCCUAAUUAACAUCUCAGUAUAUUCUCUUAUCCAAUUUUUAAAAUACAGUCUUGAUUAUUGCAAUCUGCGAAUAGUCUUAGAUCUCAAUAUGUAUUAAAAUUAUGGCUCUGAAAGUUGUGAGUAAAAUCAAGCCAUUUCCUAAGUUUUUAUAUGUGUAGGAUUAAUACUGUAAAAAAUUAGAUAGGAAAAUUGCAAAGGAAUAUAUAUGGCUCAACUAUUUUUUUUGUCUACUAAAGUUUCUAAGCAUGCUUUUAUGUUUUCUAUAAUAAAAAGGACCUUCUGCAACCAAA